UUUUUCUUCUUGCUUAAUUUGAAAAGGAGGGGAAACCCAAUGGGUUUUGCUUCAUUCUCCGGACGAGUUUUCUUCGCUUCUAUUUUCAUUCUCUCCGAUUGGCAAAUGUUCAAUGAAUUCGGGGUUGAUGGCGGGCCUGCUGCGAAGGAGUUGAUACCAAAGCUUGAUGAUGCAAAGAAACAUAUAUCAUCUCGAUUCCAUGUAAAUUUUCCAGAUAUCGAAGUUAGACAAUUAGUUUCAACUGCCAUCAUUUUGAAAGGACUUGGUGCUAUUGUAUUUGUAUUUGGCCAUGGAUUGGGAGCCUUGUUACUGUUUGUCUACUUGGUGGCUAGCACCGCUUCUCCAUGA